UCACCUCUGUCAAUAGGGAUUAAAAAAUCUGGCCAUCAACCUAACCCCUACCACCCCCCGCUCUCUAUCCCUGAUUCCCUCUUCGUCAAAAUCCCUCGAUUUAUUUAUUUUUAAUAAUGUUACUCCUCAGUCCUCUGUGCUGUGUUUUUUCUUUGCAGAUGACGAUGAUAGAUUACGGAACUCUUAGAAUUCGUUCUACAAGGGGUAUGAAUCUCAUGUAAUCAAACAAGUCACGUAACAAGAAGUAUACAAGGCAAUCCGUCUCUCGGAAAAGGCACAAGUCUUACAUCAAUCUAUAAUUCAUCUUUGAGCUUGGCGCAUGGAGACUUCUUGGGAAAAUGAAGCCCCUUCCUUGUCCUCCUCCAUCCCAUCAAAUUUCAAAUAUGACGUCUUUUUGAGUUUCAGUGGACUAGAUACCCGCAACAAUUUUACCAGCCAUCUUUUAGCUGCUUUAGAGCAACAUGGCUUUCAUACAUUUAGAGACGACACAAAGCUCAACCGAGGAGAAAAUAUUGGUUAUGAACUUCUGAAAGCAAUUGAGGAGUCAAGAAUUUCGCUGGUCAUUCUCUCAAGAAAUUAUGCUGCAUCCAGGUGGUGCCUUGACGAACUUGUGAAGAUCAUGGAGUGCAGGGAGACCUUGCAACAGAUUGUUGUGCCUAUCUUUUAUAACGUUGAGCCAUCUGACGUGAGGGCGCAGAAGGGGAGUCUGGAAGAAGCAUUUGCCAAGCAUGAAGAGUGUCUUAAAGAGGGUUUAGGUGGCAGGGUGGAGAAGCGGAGGGAAGCUCUCACUUAGGUUGCCAAUUUGUCUGGUUGGGAUUUGCCAAAGGUGGCCAAUGGUGAUGAAGCACAUUUAAUUCGGGAAGCCGUUAAAGUGGUUCAAAAUAAGUUAGAUCUUGUACAUCUACAUAUCUCAUGCCACGAAAUUGGACUAGAGUCUCGCCUUCAAAAACUCAAUUCGUUGUUGAAAAUGGAAC